AUGCCCAUCGGAGUUGGCACGAUCAUGUCCACACCCUUCCCAUCGUUCAUGACAGUCGUUGGGGAAACCGACACAAGCGUGUCAAAGGAUAUGGACGAAUUGCCUUUACCAGACUCAAUACAAAGCGAAACUCAGAUACUCAUCACCGACGCAAAACCUCAUUCCACAUCCCUUGAGCCUACACGUUUGCACCGGGGAAGUGUCACCUCCAUGACAACGGCAUCCACAGACUCCUCACCUACCACUACGAAUUCUACCUUUGACUCCCCCUUCCUGACAGACUCAUCACCUUCUUCAUCGCCAGAGUCGGCAACUUCCAUGCCUCCUGUGUCGCCAUUUCGAAAUAUAAUUGCAAGGCCUCUGCCAGAACAGCAGUGCGAGCCACAGGCGCCGAAUCAACUUCCCAACAUAAUGUCCACGGCCCCCUCAAUACCGCCACCAACAUUCACGGACAGCUCGAAGAAUGUCAAGAAGUUGUCGCUCAACAUGAACGUAGUAUCUUUACCCCGACCUGCAACAGCAACUGGACUGGAGACGUCCCACGCCUUUUCCGCGCCAACCUCCCCGUUGAAGGAUACCCCGAGGACGGGGCGAAAAAAGCCUACGAAUUUGACGAUCAGAACCCCUGGUUUUCAGCAGCUUGCCUUCUCACGGACACUGGAUGUCCCCCCUACGCCGAGCUCAAGACCUUCUCUACAUCAUAUGCAAUCAACCCCUUCGCUAGCCUCGCUUGCAUCCCCAACCAAGAUCUCUUCCCAAGGGCUCUUUCUGCACUUGCCAGCAGGUGGUUCUGCCUACUCUGGCUCUGGCUCCGAUUCAAGCAAUUCUGCUCUUUCUGGGACGAACGCUCUUCCUGAUUUGAAAGAGGAAGAUGAGUUCCACCCUCAGAAGUCACAGGAAACUCAGGAAAAGGGAUACCCAAAUGGCCCAGUGCGCAUCUAUGAUAGUGGUGUGUACCUGUAUCUCGAACCUACGGCGGAAGAAGCAAGCAAUUUCGAUACAGUCAUCAACGUGGCGAAGGAGAUCGCUACUCCGUUCGAAGUGGAUGCUCCCGUUCAAACGAUGUCUGAACCGCAGACUGCUAUUUCUGAAAUGUCAUUCAAAUCAGCUUGGGAGUGGCCACAAGUAAGCGAAUUGCAAACACCCACCACGCCGAGACCGACUUCGUUCUUACAAAAGAAACAACCCGAAUAUCUGCAUGUGCCCUGGGAUCAUAAUUCUGAAAUCUUGGAGGACCUGUAUAAUUUAUGCCGAAUCAUCGACGAGCGUGUGCAGGCCGGCAAAAAGGUCUUGGUCCAUUGUCAAUUGGGUGUAUCUCGGUCGGCCUCGCUGGUGAUUGCUUAUGGCCUUUACAAAGGCUACCAGCCGGAUUUCCAUUCGAUGUAUAUGUCCGUGAAAGAACGAAGUCAAUGGGUUGGACCUAAUAUGAGCUUAAUCUAUCAAUUGGCAGACUUCAGAGCAAAUGUGGCCAGGGGUUUUUAUGGCGAUCACGCUUUCAAUCCCAAGUCAACAUGGUGGAAACUCCCCGAGUCAUCCUCCCCGAUCAUGGACACGCCUGUUGCGAAGAAGCCAGUCCAGCAGACGUCUACGCAACCAUGGGAGAGACCAACAGCAGGCCCACCCACAACCAAGCCGGCUGACCAUCCUCCGGCUCCGAGCAGGCCGUCUCUUCGAUUGAACAAGGCACUUCCACCGGUCCCUCUCUUUCCCAAGACCGAACCGAUGGAUAGGAUCGAAACGCCCGUAAAGUUGAGUCAGAUCCUGGACAAGAUAGCCACACCUCCGAAACCGGAAGCUGUAGGCCUAGCAGCCACCGGUCCAGAAAUGCGCAGUCUUUCACCAAACGUCUCGCCGAGGCCUCUUCCAUUCAGAGAACGUUUCGAUGAAACGCAAUCGGGUGCGUCGUCACCAGAACCAGCCAAAACUCCAAGAUUGGGUUUGAUCACGGGCUCGCCGAUGAUGGAUCUUGCUGCGCAGGAUGUCCCAGAAACACCGUCUCUCUUUUCACCACGAGCCACUGAAUUUAUGGCUUCGCCUUUUGGCAUUACGACAGCUGGAGAUCUGGCCGUGCCCAAUAAGACACCCAAGCCGGCGAGGACAAAGGGCCUGCUACUUCCGCACGAAGUGUUUGGAUCCUCCGCCGAGUCAGUAGGCGACCAAAUUCCUAGUGCAUUUGAUCCGAGAAGUCCACACCAGCAAGGCGAGGCCCCCGAAAUAUUGAGAAACAUUGAUGAUUUUUUAUAA